UUAUUGGACAUCACAGGUCGGUUCACCGUCCACCAACGGUCGGGAUAUAUGUGGGCUGCCGUGACGAGGUGCGACAUUCGAAUUCUGCGCUGCUACAGUGUUUAUCUGCCAUCUGCCUUUGGCCCAAAUCUCUCCCAUCUAACAAGGUCGCGUUCCUUCGCUUCAAUCUUCAACACAAACCAGAAGAACAACAUGAGCUCGUCUUUCGGCUCUUUCGCUCAGUCCAGUAGAAGUGUUGGUAGAGGAGGAGGGUUGGAGAUGAAGAAUGAUCGAGAGAGAUCAAGAGGUCGUGGUGGUGGUUCUGGCAAAGAUAAAAUCGAUUCUCUUGGUAGACUAUUAACGCGCAUCCUGCGCCAUCAGGCUUCUGAGUUAAACUUGAAUAUGCGAAGUGAUGGGUUUGUCAAAGUUCAAGAUUUGCUAAAGCUCAAUUUAAAAACAUUUGCAAAUAUUCCUCUAAAAUCGCACACAGUUGAGGACGUCAAAGAGGCUGUCAGAAAAGAUAAUAAGCAACGUUUCAGUCUCCUGGAGGAAAAUGGGGAGCUGUUGAUACGAGCAAACCAGGGGCACACAUUAGCGACAGUUGAAUCAGAAAGUUUAUUGAAACCCAUCCUUUCAGCUGAGGAAGUUCCUGUUUGUGUACACGGAACAUAUAAGAAGAAUCUGGAUUCUAUAUUGGACUCGGGCUUAAAACGUAUGGAAAGACUGCAUGUUCACUUCUCUUGUGGCUUGCCUACAGAUGGGGAAGUAAUUAGUGGUAUGAGAAGGAAUGUUAAUGUCUUGGUCUUUCUUGAUGUCAGAAAAGCUCUGGAAGAGGGAAUGAAGCUCUACAUUUCAGACAACAAGGUGGUAUUGACUGAAGGUUUUGAUGGUGUGGUUCCUGUCAAGUACUUCGAAAAGAUAGAAUCCUGGCCAGACAGGAGACCUAUAAUUUUUUGAACCUAUAAUUCUUGAUACCAUGACAUUUUUUAUUUAUAGUGAGGAGGGUCUUCUUUCAAAAUUUCUCUCGUUUUUGUGCAAUCUAUAUGAUGUUCUGGAAAGGAUCUCCUUGCUGGUUGAAGAUUGGAUUUUCGUGCUAAACACAUGGUGUCUUUUUCAGCCUA